AGACAUACGAUUAUUAUGGUUAGUCACAUUCGGUGCGACAAAGGCCGUGACUGUUCUAGAGUCGACAGUCUUUGCGCUGCGUCAGCGUGGUCAGUGUGCGUCCCCUGCGCCCCGCGCCCCGCCGUAUAUAGCCUCCCGCGCGCGCCGCCGCCGCAGUCGCACUCUACACACGAGCGCACACGCACCAUGCUCUCCUCCCGAACACUGCUGACCCUCGCCCUCGGGCUCGCGGUCGCCGCCGCCGUGCCCGUCGACAAGUCCACCAUCGACGUCUCCGACAAGCCGGCGCUCCGCCCCAUCACCACCAUCGAGGCGGAUGACGGUGACGAAGGCACCUGGUUCAGCUUCCCCCUCUUUGGAAACUUCGGCAGCUUCGGAAACCUCGGCAGCCUGUUCACCCCCAUCUGGAAACUGUUCCCCAACUUCGCCGACCUCGGGCCCAGGAUCAACAGCGACGAGAACAAGUUCGACAUCAUCGUCAACGUCAAGGAGUACAAGAAAGACGAGCUGAAGGUCAAGGUUAAGGGCUUCCUCAUCAUCGUCCAGGGCGUCCACGAGGCUAAGACUGACUCGGACAUCUUCGACCGUCAGUUCUUCCACACCUACACAUUGCCGGUGAACGCGAGUGGGUCGGAUGUCACCGCUGACUUGUUCAACAACGGUUUCCUGGUCGUCAGUUGUCCCCUGAAUGGGAAGUCUGACAAGGAUGAGGAGGUGAACCGUGAUGUUGAGAUUAAGGAGACCGGGACGACUUACGAGCUAGAAAAUAAGACGACAGUGGGCAGUUCUCAGCCCGAGGGAACCAAGGCUCCGGUGGAGGUGUCGACGGCUGGUCUGGUGGAAAACGAGGACGACCGCAAGGAGCCCACCACGCCCUCGAGCGAACGGGAACUAGCAAAGGACAACAUCAUCCCCCACGGACAGACCAACGAAGCAUUACCCUGAACAUAAAGUGAUAUCCUAGCCCUAAGUUAGUUUUACGUUAUUUUCUAUGUAAAAUAAAGAGGUUUAAAUAUU